AUGCGCAACCUCAGCGACUCCAUUACUAUUGAAACUGGUCCCCAUUUGCUGCUGUCAACUUCAAUAGUACUUGGUAUGGAGACUCCAUUUCAAGAGAUUAUCAACACCAAUAUCGUACCAUCCGAAGAGCAAUGCGACAACAUCCGCGUGUUUCUAGCACGCCCUUGCUCCAUACUUGCCAAAUUGGACGUUGAAAUCGAAAGAAUACGAGAACUACUCGAUACUACGGUACAGAAGCGAGACGAGUUGGACCAAUUCAUUGCCUCGCAUACGGCUCUCCUUUCGCCGAUGCGCAGAAUCCCGGACGACAUUCUUCAGCUUAUCUUCCUCGAGACCUUACCUGAACAUCGCAAUACCGCUCUGGACGCGAGGGAGGGACCGUUGCUGCUGGCUAGCGUCUGUCAUCAUUGGCGGGUGCUUGCGUUCAGCACGCCACAGUUAUGGUCAAGAAUGCACCUCAUAGUGCCUUUGGCAUCUACUGCGGUAAAUCCCGCCAUUGAAAAACUUGACUUGAAGGCCGCCUUCGUCUCAGAGUUACAAUGCUGGCUCGAACGGGGAGCAAUCGUCCCAUUGAAUAUCGACACCCACAAAUACCACGAACGCAUUCUUUUCGUGCAUCCAGACGAGGUUAUCGCCCCAGUUAUUGCUGAAAAUGCGACCUCCUCCUACCUAUCCGCACUUCUCGCAGUGUCUAACCGAUGGCGCAAUGUUCGCUUCUCCUGCCACCUCUCUCUAGCAGACAUAGAGGCGCUUCUCAAACUGACGGCGAACGACGUCCCGCAGCUGGAGCAUUUUGAGCUGAGCUCAUUCAGUGUUCCAUCGGGUGGAAAUCGAGACUUACAACUCAAACUUCUAUCAACACCUAGUCUUCGGUCGAUCGCAUUCUAUGGCUUGUUUGCGGAUAUACCUCGGACGGUCCAAUGGCAGAACCUUGUGGAGCUUCACUUGCAGCUCGACCACCUAUUUGAUGAUGGUCCCCUCUCGUUCCUUUCCCAAUGCACAUCGCUGGAAAGGUUGUCUAUCGUGCUUCCCAGCACACCCACUGGCAUGCACCCACAAUCAACUUUCGAAGACGUUGUGCUACCGAGUCUGACGGCACUCGUCCUAUGUCUCGGACCACACUGGCAAGCCAACGGCAUUACGCGGCCAAAUCUCUUCGACGACGACACGAUCACGGCUCUUCUGGGAGCUAUGGGACACAUAAAGUGCCUUUCAAUACCUACUCUGGCCCUCACUUCUGAUGAAGUCGUUGCCUUCCUGAGAAUGGUGCCGCUGCUUGAGCGUCUGAGACUUGUCGAAGAACCUACGCCGGAUGAUCAAGAAUAUGCAUACGAGCAUCAUCGCGACGGAAGGCUCCUCCGACAUCUCAUUCUGCUCCGCGGCUCAGAGGUCAUUUGCCCGCUCCUCCAGCAUCUCGAGUGGACAUCCAUAAAUGCGUUGUCUGACGACCUCCUACUUCAAUUCAUCCGCUCUCGCACGCUUCCCCUUGUUGCGUCCUACCCAGGGACCGCGCAGCUUGCUUCAUUCAGUGCCCACUUCAACCGCGAACAACUGCUCGACGUCAGCGAUCAGCUUGCAGACGCCAUUUCCCGUGGAUUCCAACUCGACCUGACGUAUCUGCUUUCGUCCGGACCGCCUCGGUCGCUGAAAUAUUCUCCGCUGCAGGGCACAGAGCACGAUCCGGAGGCUAUUUGGAUCUCCGCGCAGCCACGAGAGAGGUUCAGACCCUUGGCACCCAGUAAAUAUCGCUAG